AUGAAAGCGACCGCGUUCUGCUAUUUAGUUAGUUUUGCUACUCUCCGCGGCAUCUUCGCUGCAAAUUCAGUGCCAAUAUGGCCACGAGACAUGUACAUUGGCACUGCUGUCGAUCCCGGGAGCAUCCAUCGUAAUCUCGGUUUCCACCUGCGCACUGGUUACAUCCCGACGACGGCAGACUAUGAAUCAGCUAAAAGGUUGGCGAUGAAGGAGAAAAAUGCAAUCAUGGCCGAAGAUGCUUAUGUUUACGUCAUCCCGACAAGAGGGCUCGAGAGUCACUUUCACGACAUCCACAGCGCUUUUCGCGGGAAAGACGGUUCGCCCAAACAAACUUAUGACAAUGAGGAGUGGACGUUUGAUGAUGCUAUCCAAUUGAACUCUAUCCUCAGGGUGGAUGUUUGGAAACCCAAUGGAAGGAAGGUAAUAGUAUUGCGGAAUGGUAUGGAAAGAGCGGCCGAAAAUGUUCUUGACCAUAAGUCGCCCUAUUACGGAAGAGAGCUCAAAUGGCCCUUGGACCCUAAAAUGAUAGGGCAAACUACCAAGGUGGAGGGGCAGCGUUCAAAAGACCAGACGGCGAUUCAAAUUGACUAG